AUGUUCAGCAGUGGACAAAAGCAGGCUGAUGAUGAUGAUGAUGAUGAACCGUUAAAAAGUUCCACUAUUCACAUCCUGGCUCUAUCUCCAGAACAACUCGGAGGACUGCAUCAUUCUGAAGGAAGUGUGCUGGAUUUACAUAUUAAAAAUUCUAGAGGAGUUGUACUGGAGAUACCAGGGCUGCAUGGUUCUGAAGAGUGUGCU